AUGUGGGAAAGAAUUGAGAUAGAAUUGGAAGAAGUUGAUAUUGAAAGCCUUGGAUUUGACCAUCCUCUAUGUUCUGGAGUUCUAGAUGUUAAAUCAGAACCUUUCACAAAGAUACCUGGAUCAUUUUGCGAUAUUUUUAAGGAACCUUUUGAGAAAUACAAGCUAGAUUAUAAUAAUAUGAUAAUGGAUACUUAUAGAGAAAUUAUCUAUAAUGAGGAAUUAAAGAUAAAUUUGGAUAAAGAUUUGAAUAAU